UGUCAUUAAAGUGAAUUUUAGCUUUUGAGAAAUAGUUAAUUAAUGAUUCAGUAAGUUCAUAAUUUUUUUUCGAAAUCGAAUUCCUUGAAUCACGCAGAUGUGUUUUCAUACCCGAAUAUUCAAAAACGGUUUAGUUUUGUCCCUAAAACCCCAGUGAAGCAAUACUCUGUAUGCGACGGUCUCAUUUUUAGUUGGAAAAUAGGUAAGCGAGGAAUAAAAAUACAAAAUCUCCGCCGUUCGUGAACGGAUUUUGAUAAUCUAUAGCUUGUUCGAAAGGUAUUUUUACAAGAUUUCUAACAAGUAGUGCGGCUACAUUUGUAAGUAGGGGUUUGCCCACUACUCGGGUUCUUGUUUGCCAGGCGAACCCUUCUUUUCAGGGCGGCCUAGGUGCCUCUACAGAAUUUCGGAUUUUCGUUUCACAACAAAAAGUAAACAAACAAAUAAACUAAAUUUACCAACUUUUAUUUGCUGCGUCCACUCUCCCUGCACUGCUAUACACGAUAAUUAAUCGGCUGCUGCUGGCGACGUGUGGUAUCUUCCGACCGACCGGGUCAACAACGGCCGCGUUCUCCUUCGGUCGUAUCUUCGUUGGCUGCUCCGGCAGCGGUUCUUGUCUUUUAGCUAGCGAGGUGAGCUUAGCUCCUUUGUUGGAACCUCCCUAGCGACGGUGGUGAUAAAUCACCGGAUCGUCUACUCGCCGUAAACGAUCCCGGAAGUCACCGCAGUGCACUUCUCAGGGGGAACCUUUGUCCGCCCUGCUUCGUUAUCCUUGUCGAUUAACUGUGGAGGAGAGCUAGGCUCGUUCGUACCGCCGCAUAGCUGUCAUCGCUAUGUGUAGCAUAACCAGUACACUUAUAUCAGCAGUAGGAGAGCAAUGGCCUAUCUAAGCCCUAUGUUAUUUAUACAUAAAUAUGAAACAAAAUUUUCUACGCCUAUCUAGACCAACAGAAUCGUGCACAAAAGCUAAAACAAGCACAAUUUACGAGAAAAAGUGAACGAUUAUAAGGAACAGCGGUGAGGGAAUUGAAUUAUUGAACAAUUAUCUCAAAAACUCAACGUAUGGGUUGGGUUGGGUAUUCUUGCAUAGAAUGUUUGGAAAAGAUCGGUUAAGUAGUUUUUGAAUGACAGAUGUUACUACAAAGCCCCUCGUCCACAAUUAAUCUUCUUUACCCGUACCGUACAAGUAAACUAAACGUCAGCCAAUAGGCAAUGACUCAUGAGAAUGUCAAAUCAAAGAAUUAUAAAAACGGUCUUAGCUUACGUCUUAGAAUCUAGUGAUCGAUGGUGUUAAAACGGUAAAUUUACUACUAAACUUAAAACUAUUGAAAUAUUAUACUACAUCUAACUUAUAGGCUACAAGUAAACUAAAAUCUAGUGGUAUUUAAAGACGGUAUUUAAAGGUGAUUUAAAGAUAUUUCGAUAUUGAAUUGAGGUAUUAAAUAGCGGACUGUAUUAUUUCUAAUCGCCCUUAAUAUACUUGGUCUAGCCUAGAACACGACCAGAUUAGAGGUAACAUAAAACAUGACACAGCAAUCCUGUGAAUAAUCGCUAAAACCUAACCUAACUUACAGUAGCUAAUACGUGGAGUAAACUACCAAGGAGGAAACAAUUAGAAGCCUAAGAGGGCACUAAACGUAAGAAUUUACCUAUUCAACUAAAUACUAACUAAUGUAAAUCUAAAAUUUUAGGGAUUUUAUAAUCCUCGUAGAAUAAAGAUUAUAAAAUCGGAAAGGCCGUGGUUUCUCUGCAACAACUUAUAAAAUCCGUUUAAAAUGCCAUCAAAGAAAGUUGGCAACAAAUCGGCGAAGAUUCCGCCGCCGACGAACGUGAGCUGCAAUAUGUGCAAUUCUCCGGACAAUAGUCGAAUGGUGCAGUGCGACGACUGCAACAAGUGGUAUCACUACAGCUGUGUACAUGUAGAUGAAGGGAUCGCUGAUUACGACUGGUGCUGUGACGAAUGCGUGACGAAAAAGUCCCAGCCAGCGGGAACUUCAACUCCAGUCUCCUCUAAUGGGCAGGAGCUGGCUGUUACCAUCGUAGAUGAAUCAUUGACGGUCGCGCCAACAACAAAAGCUACUAACGUUGGUGAUAACGCUCUAUCUGCCACCGGGGCCACAGGGCCAACGCUACAAUGUACGGAUAAUAGUGACAACGCAAAACUACGUCAAGAAAUCGAAAAAUUACGCUGCAUGUUUCAGACACAGCGUACCAAUUUUGAACAUCAGAUCAAUAUGCUAGAGGAGCAGAAAAACACAUCGAUGAACGAGCGGAUCUACAAACUCCAAGCACAAUGGAGUAUGCGUGAGAAUCAGCUACAAAAGGAGAUCGCACUUCUCAAGCGAAAGCCUGACAAUGUUGCUAUAGAGACAAAGUCACAGAGUGAAACAAAGUCAAUCGUGUCAUCAAAACGAACGACAAAAGACCGUGAACGUCGUCUAAUAGCUCUAAAAGAACGGCAAGCUUUGGAAAUGAGACACCUUGAAGAACAACUCGUGCUGAUGGAAGAAUGCAGUAGUGAAUACGAGUUCGCAAACGAAGAAGAGGAAAAUAUCAGCUGUAAGGAGAAAGUUGAUAAAUGGUUGGAGAACGGACCUCACCCCGAUACUUCCAUAGCUCCUACGCCGGUCUGCUCCGACGUACUAUCCGUUACUUCAAAGAGAAACACGAAUAGCAACCGCAGUACGACCGGUAACUAUUCUCAACACGCGCGGGCUCUCUCAAAAAACCAACUGGCUGCACGGCAAGCCGUAUCUAAAGAUCUACCAACCUUCUCCGGAGAUCCUGAGGAUUGGGCCCUAUUUUUUGCCACAUUCGAGAGUAGCACUGCAAUGUGCGGGUAUACCAACGAGGAGAACUUAUUUCGCCUUAGACGCUGUCUAAAAGACAAAGCCUUCGAUGCAACGCGAAGCUUGCUGCUACACCCAGACAAUGUGGGUACGGUGAUGUCUACGCUGAAAACCUUGUUCGGGCGACCUAACCUUAUCGUUGGGGCAAUGAUCCAGAAGAUUCGAGACAUACCACCACCGAGAAUCGAAAAACUGAAUACAAUGAUCAAUUUCGGCGUAUCAGUACAGAACUUAUGCGCUACUAUACAGGCCUGCGAGUUAGACGAGUAUUACUACAACGUAACAAUCCUUCAGGAACUAGAAGAAAAAGUUCCACUAACAGUUAAACUUAGCUGGGCGCUAACCCGCAAACCUAUUCGGAGAGUGAAACUCACAGAUUUUAAUGAAUGGCUUAAAACAAUCGUGGAAGCUGCUUGUGAAGUUACUACCCCGGACGUGGACAUAGUCGGGAAAACAGAGAAGAAGAAGAAUCAAGGAUUUUUAAACGUUCACUCCGAGUGUCUGUCGGAAAGCCCGCGUGAGCCAGCGACAGAUGAUUGUAUCGUCUGCAAAUCGGAUUGCGAGACCGUUGCCAGAUGCAAACGUUUUUUGUCUAUGAACGUAGAUAUGCGCUGGAAAGUAUUAAGAGCCUGCAAACUUUGUCGUAGGUGCCUAAGAAAGCAUUUCACGUCCUGCGACGCCAAAGAUCCAUGUGGGCAAAAUGGUUGCACAUUUUUACAUCACAAAUUGUUGCACAAUGAUACCAAGCACAGGGACGCAAGAUUAGCGCCACCCUCUCCACCUACAGAUUUAAAUCAGUGUUGCAACAUUCAUCGCAGUGGCGUCGGUUCCGUAUUCUUUCGGUACGUACCGGUUAUUAUAAAAGGAAAAGGGAAAUCAAUUGCAACGUUUGCGUUCCUUGAUGAUGGGUCAUCAUCAACCCUGAUGGAACAAGAGCUUUACAACGAACUAGGCUUGGAAGGAACCCCCCAGCCACUCUGCCUGAAUUGGACGGGUGGAACCAGUAGGUGGGAAAAGAACUCGGUUAAGCUUUCGGUCGACAUAUCAAGUGUGCACAGCCCUGAUAAACAAUAUCGCCUAUCCGGAGUUCAUACAGUCGCAGAACUCAGACUACCAGAACAGACAUUGUCGAUCGAAGAUCUGAGUCAGAGAUAUAAGCACCUCGAAGGACUUCCUAUUCAAUCAUAUUCCAGAAUCGCUCCCAGAAUAUUAAUCGGGAUGAACAACUGUCGACUCGGGCAUGUACUAGAUAGUAGAGAAGGCAGAGAUAACGAGCCUUCAGCAGCUAAAACUCGACUGGGUUGGAUUGUAUACGGUCCGUGCUUCAGCUCAUCACAACCAAAUACAAUUAUCGAUCACGCCGUUCAUCGUUCGUAUCAUAUCUGUGCUUGUAACAAAAGCCAUGACGAGGACUUACACGCAGCCGUUAAAGAGUACUUCGCUUUAGACAGUAUGGGAAUAAUUUCACCCCGCAAAAUUCUACAAUCAAAGGAGGAUGAGCGCGCCAUACGUUUACUUGAACAGUGCACCACUCUAAAGAACGGAAGAUACGAAAGCGGUCUUCUUUGGAAGUACAACGACGUCCGGCUUCCGAACUCCAGAUCAAUGGCACUCACGAGAACGAAAUGUCUAGAGAAACGAAUGGAACGUGAACCAGAACUAGCCAGUAUGCUCAAAUCUAAAAUAAGCGAAUAUGAGGAGAAAGGUUAUGUACGAAAGUUGACCUCUACAGAACUGAAAAUUCAUCGCAAUCGAGUGUGGUAUCUACCGGUUUUUCCGGUCGUCAACCCAAACAAACCAGGCAAGAUUCGCAUUGUCUGGGAUGCAGCAGCGGAGGUCCGCGGAAUAUCUCUGAACUCGCAACUUUUGAAAGGACCCGACCUACUCAAUUCUCUAGUUUCGGUACUGUAUAUGUUUCGAGAAUAUAAGAUCGCCAUUACAGCGGACAUACGCGAGAUGUUCCACCAAGUGAGAAUGAACGAGAAUGAUCAACACUGCCAGAGAUUUUUUUGGCCCGCCGAAGAACCCGGAGGCAUGCCUCAUGAAUAUAUUAUGACCGUCCUGAGCUUCGGGGCAACCUGCUCCCCAGCCACAACCGAAUACUGCAUGAACCUUAAUGCCCAGCGAUUCGCCAAAGAAUUCCCACGUGCUGUAGAGGCCAUCACGAAACAGCACUAUGUGGACGAUAUGCUGACGAGCGUGGAGGAAGUCGAACAGGCCGUUAAGCUGGCGAAAGAAGUCCGCCACAUUCAUUCUCACGCAGGAUUCGAGAUAAGAAACUGGCACUCAAAUUCCGAUCACCUACUGAACAAACUUGACGCUAAACCGCACGUCGAAACGAGCCUCAGCAUAGAUUCAGACUGCCAUCGAAAAAAUACUCGGCAUGUGGUGGGAUACGAAAACAGAUUGCUUCACCUUCAAGCUUUCCCCACGACACGAUGGCGACCUGCUCUCGGGACGAAAAAUCCCAACGAAAAGAGAACUCCUUCGAACACUGAUGACUAUCUUCGACCCACUGGGACUGAUUGCCAACCUCCUAAUGUAUCUGAAAGUGCUUUUACAGGAAGUAUGGAGAUCCGGUGUGGGCUGGGACGAGAAGAUUAGCGGCAAUCUUCUGGAUAAAUGGAGAGUGUGGCUUCGAGUGCUUCCAGGCGUUCAAUCAGUUGCGGUACCUAGGUGCUACCGCAAACAUACCUCAGCGUCCGAUGAAACGACGACAAUCGAACUCC